AUGACGCAGUUUUUCGGUUCCCGCUCUGCUCUGCGCUGCUCUGCUUCCCUCCCUCGAACCACAUCUCCUCGAGCCCGAGUCCUGCGAAGCCGUUGCUGCGUUCUUAUACCUUCUUCCUCUUCUGCCUGUGGAUAUCCAUGGCACUGCCUCGUCCGUCCGCUUCUGCCUCGUCCACCCCGUCCACGUCCUCACGAUCGCUUUCUCGCUGAUCCGCACAAUCCUCUGAUAGCCCAGCCAAUGCCGGUCAUUGACCUCGAGUACUCUACCGCCUCCGACACCGGUAGCUCCUCGCCCGUGCCUUCUCCGUCAUUACCGUCCCCGCCGCCUCCGUCUGCUGACUCAAAAAUCACCGCCCACCCCCCUCCUCCUCCUCCUGCUGAAUCCUCGCUCGCAUCCUCACCCACUCCUUCCUCUCCUCCCGCUCGCUCUGCAGAUUCCUCUAUAUCAGCAUACACGCACGCCCCUUCGUCCUCCACCAUGACAACAGCAUCCAUAUCCUCCUCCCACGAGGUCGACGCCGCGACCUCGGUCGACGAUCUCACGUACAUGGUAGCGGCCAUGAACCCCAUGUCUGACGACGCAGACGCAGACCGCGCGCUGAACGGCGCAGUCGACAGCGACGAUCACCCUGCUGAUGACCCUGGUCUGAGUACCGAGCCUUUCUGCGACGACGGCGAGGUGGAUGAUACCGUUCGUGCGCGAAUCGAAUACGCAAAGAUAAUAUCGCAGUACACAAAACGACAGCUUGAUUUCUCGCUUCAGAGAUCGCGGCAGCGCUCAGGCGACUCGCUAGCAGUCGAUGACAGCCGCGGCCGCUCGCGCUCAUGA